CCGGGCCCGGGCCGCCCGGGACUGGCCAUAUAGUGGACGCCGCGGGAGGAGGGCAGGGGGAGGCCAGCACGGCCACCAUGAGCAGCCUAUUCGACGUGGUGGUGGUCGGGGGAGGCAUCUCAGGUCUGUCAGCGGCCAAGCUGUUGGCUGAAUCUGGGCUAAGUGUUGUGGUUUUAGAAGCCCGGAACAGAGUUGGAGGAAGAACUUACACUGUGCGGAAUAAAGAAGUUAAAUAUGUGGAUGUUGGUGGGGCGUACAUAGGACCCACCCAAAAUCGCAUCCUACGUCUAUCCAAAGAGCUGGGUAUAGAGACGUACAAAGUGAACGUCAGAGAAUGUCUUAUUCAGCACGUAAAGGGAAAAUCGUAUCCAUUCCGAGGUGCCUUUCCUCCAGUAUGGAAUCCCAUAGCAUAUCUGGAUUACAAUAAUCUCUGGAGAACCAUGGAUCACAUGGGAAAGGAGAUUCCACCAGAAGCUCCAUGGGACGCACCUCAUGCUGAAGAAUGGGACAAAAUGACAAUGAAGCAGCUUUUCGACCAAAUCUGCUGGACAAAGACCGCGAGGCAAUUUGCUACUCUCUUUGUGAAUAUCAACGUGACCUCGGAGCCCCAUGAAGUGUCCGCUCUCUGGUUCCUAUGGUACGUGAAGCAGUGUGGAGGCACCACCCGGAUAUUUUCAAUAACCAAUGGAGGGCAGGAAAGAAAGUUUGUUGGAGGCUCUGGCCUGGUGAGCGAGAGGAUAAUGGAACGCCUCGGAGACCUAGUGAAGCUGGGGAGGCCCGUAGUCGGCAUUGAUCAGUCAGGUGAUAAUGUCAUUGUGGAGACGCUAAACCACGAGACCUUUGAGGGGAAAUAUGUUAUCAGUGCCAUCCCUCCAAGUUUGACUGCCAAGAUCCAUUUCAGUCCAGAGCUGCCACCAAAGAGAAACCAAUUAAUCCACCGUCUUCCAAUGGGAGCGAUCAUUAAGUGUAUGAUGUACUACAAGGAGGCUUUUUGGAGGAAGAUGGAUUACUGUGGCUGUAUGAUCAUUGAAGAUGAAGAUGCUCCAAUUUCAAUAUCCUUAGAUGACACCAAACCAGAUGACUCCGUGCCUGCCAUUAUGGGAUUUAUCCUUACCAGGAAGGCACAUCGACUUGCUAGCCUUACUAAGGAAGAGAGGAAGAAGAAAAUCUGUGAGCUAUAUGCAAGAGUGCUGGGAUCAGAUGAAGCUUUGCAUCCGGUGCAUUACAUAGAGAAGAACUGGUGUGAGGAGCAGUAUUCUGGAGGCUGCUACACUGCAUACUUCCCCCCAGGAAUAAUGACUCAGUACGGAAGGAUCAUUCGCCAGCCGGUUGACAGGAUCUAUUUUGCUGGUACAGAGACCGCCACGCAGUGGAGCGGGUACAUGGAGGGUGCAGUGCAGGCUGGAGAGAGAGCAGCAAGAGAGGUUUUGUACGCCAUGGGGAAGAUAUCAAAGAGUGAAAUUUGUAAGGCGGAGCCAGAAUCCCAGGAUGUCGUAGGCCGACCAAUCACCACCACCUUCUGGGAAAGGAACUUGCCCUCGGUCCCUGGACUGCUGAAGCUCAUUGGAUUGUCUGCUUCAGCAGCAGCUGUAGGGUUAGUGGUCUUCAGAAGCCGACUGCUCCAGCAAAACUGAGGCAUUUCCUCCAUUCUCUCUCUGUUAUUCCUUCCCCAAACCAGGAAAAGGAGAACCUAGAAAAAAAUGAAAGCUGUAACAUUGGACCCUAUUUUUUUGCACUGAUUUAACAAGCCAAUUUUAUCCCAGUCACUGUUCACGUAACCAAAAACUUCUCCCAAUCAGUCCCAAUAGAAAUACGGUCGACUCAGCCCCUGAUCUAUGUCGAUUAAUUUGUGUCAUUUGAUAGACUGAAGCCAUGGUGUCAAUUUUGGAACUUCUGGAAGUUAAGUGCCAAAUCCUGUAGGAAAGAGUCAUUUCUAUAACCUGUUUACCUUUUUCUUAAGAUAAAAACAAAUAUGGUUUAUGAAUAAAUUUUUAAAUCUCUUUUCAGGAGUGGUUCCAUACAUUAAAGAUCCAGUCCUGAAACAAGGCUGGCCUGGUAGCUUUCUCCAGAAUAGCCAGGCUAACACUAACACUGUUCCCUGAACACUGUGGGAAAAGAAAGGCAUGUGAGGGCCAGGUUUGCUGACAGUUCCUGUGAAUAGUAAUGAUGGCAUUUGUUAAGCGCUUAUUAUGUGCAAAACACUGUUCUAAGCGCUUUGAAUAAAUCUUGCCCCUGGUUUGGAAUCCUGACAGAGCAUUGGAAAUAAUUAUAAAAGUAGAGAAUUCAAAUGGCUUUACAGGGUGAACCAGCUCAGUUUGGUAGAGUCUGAACAAAAAUCAAAGCCAACAUCCCUCCUGUGAAAUCUUCCAUAACUAAAGGAGAAGACAAGGAGAGACUACUUUUUGGGGGGUCAGUGGGGGGCGGGCCAAGGUGGAGGGAGCAGUGAAGGCUGCCUUGCUCCGCAUCCCAGUGUGAGGUCCAGGGGAUGGGGGAGUUGGAAAGUGACCUCUUGGCUCAUCCUGUGUGGGGACAGUCACGCUGGGUUCCUGACUGCCAGCUCUUCUCCCUUAUGCCCAUUUCUCAGACUUGCACAACUGUUUUCAGGGAGCACCAACUUCAGCCCUAAACUUGAGCUGCGGACCUCUCCUUCCCGACCCUAAAGCUUGAAUUUAAACACUCUAGUCUGAUCUCCAGCAUAGAUGCUGGGUGGGGAUUAGUUGUGGCAUCCAAUCUAAUGCUGUGUUAAGGGAAAAGGUGGGAGAGAGAGGGGCUUUACAUUCAAUUUGGUUGUCUGUUUAGUGACCGAAGCAUCUGCCUGUCAUUUUUGUGUGAGGGAGUGAAUGGGAGGGGGUGUGUUCCUGGUCUCUGCAGUAAGGUUUUGCCUUUAUCCUGCUGUCUUGUUUGCUAAUAAAGUAGUGAAUAUUG